CGUCCUGCCCGCCCUCCUCCGAGAGGGCUCCGGGCCCUGCGCGGCGGCCGACGGGAACCCCAGGCGGGGACGAUUCCUGCUAGAAGCCCUGGCACAUAAAGAAGAGUUGUUUUUGGUGGACAAUGCUCAGAGACACUAUGAAGUCCUGGAGUGACAGCCAGACAGACGUUUACAGCAGUGACCAAGAAGAGGAAGAAGAAAUGAUCUUUGGAGAAAAUGAAGAUGAUUUGGAAGAGAUGAUGGAUUUAAGUGACUUGCCUACCUCACUCUUUGCUUGCAGUGUGCCAGAAGCUGUGUUUGAGGUACAAGAAGAAAAGGAAAGAUUUGAAGCACUUUUCACGAUCUACGAUAAUCAAGUUACAUUCCAGUUGUUUAAAAGCUUUAGAAGAGUAAGGAUAAAUUUCAGCACCCCAGAGGCAGCAGCAAGAGCACGGAUAGAAUUGCAUGAGACAGACAUCAGUGGGAAAAAGCUGAAGCUGUAUUUUGCACAGGUCCAGAUGUCCAGUGAAGUAGGAGACAAGUCCUACCUCCUUCCCCCAGAACCUGACAAACAGUUCCUGAUAUCGCCUCCUGCAUCUCCACCAGUUGGGUGGAAGCAGAGUGAAGAUGCAACUCCUGGAAUAAACUAUGACUUACUCUGUGCUGUUUCCAAAUUGGGUCCAGGGGAGAAAUACGAGCUUCAUGCAGGAACGGAGUCUACUCCUAGUGUAGUCGUUCACAUUUGUGAAAGUGAAACAGAGGAGGAGGAGGAAAUUAAAAAUCCCAAACAGAAAAUCCUGCAGACAAGGCGCCCAGAUCCUACUCCAACAAUACUAAAUGAAUCUAAAACAUUUGAUUGUACACGGGAGGUAGGGGGUACCAUGCACUGUUAAGUCUUGUGAUGCUGUAAACAAUAUCUAUAUGAGGAUAUUAAAUUAAUACAUGUAUUGAUGUCUGCAUUGCUGCAUUAUAUAUGGCAGCAGGAGAUUUUACUUGUAGUUGUCUCUCAUGUUCAAGUUCUUAGAUGCCAAUAUUCUAAA